CCUGUGUGAGCGCCUCCUCUACUGGUUAACUGUCUAUGGUUAAAACACCAUUUCUUUUAGGCUGUUUGAUUGGAUAUGAGUCCUUUUUAGUCGUGAUCUCAUAUCCUGUACAGUGAAAAGCUUUAUUUAUUUAUUUAUUUAUUUAUUUGAUCGGCCCGGCCUGGAAAUGUAAGUGUCUGGUUUUAGAUAUUAUGAGUUAUAACACAGCAGCUGGAUCUGGAGACGGACGGACGGUUUCUGAAGCUGGGCGUCAACUCUCGCGACAUGGUUCGCAAAACGUACAGAAGCGUUAUUCUUUGAUUUAAAAAGCAGCCUAGUUUGGAUGUAAACCUACCAGAACUCUGCAGAACUGGACUUUUGAAGGCCUGUGGUUGAGCUUCUACUGGCUGACAGGAUGUCUAUCACGGACCAUAGCCCCACCACCGGGGUCGUCACGAUUAUUGUAAUACUUAUUGCCAUUGCAGCACUAGGAGCUUUAAUUCUUGGUUGUUGGUGCUACUUGCGACUGCAGCGCAUCAGUCAGUCUGAAGACGAGGAAAGCAUUGUCGGUGAAGGGGAAACCAAGGAGCCCUUCUUACUGGUCCAGUAUUCGGCCAAAGGCCCGCGGGUGGAGCACAAGACCAAGCUCACCCCUAACGGCACGGAGAGCCACACCUAAGUCCAUCUCCCUUCGCAGUGCAUACUGUGUAGUGGGUCGUGUUUCAAAGCAACCUACUGCAUGCAGUUGUCUAGUUGCUUUCACGUGAUUUUUUUUUUCUCGCCCAUUUUGUGGUGGUAGAGCCCUGUUAUAAUGUGAAAUCAAUAACUGUCAUAGUUUUUGUGCAAUGCUAUUUGUAAAGCCGUAACUAAGUUCUUAAGC